AUGACUGCCGUGGUAUCUCCUCCUAGUGUGCAAUCGGGCUCUCGCUUGGGAUGGUACAGCACUGGUAACGGAGGACAAGGAGCUCUGUCUUCAGUGGACGACGAAGUAUCCCGGAUGUUUAUGCAACGGAAGCCGGUUCAGCGCUCAAACUCCUCAUCCUCCCUGGGGUCGAAUACCUCUACGACCACGGUGAUCACUACUCAAGAUCCUAAUGCUGGGCAAGGUUCCACCAGUGACGGUACUUGGUCAUCGAAGAAGAAACCCGCCAGAAGUCCUUGGCCCAGCUCCAAGUCAGAACCGGUAGCAGGAGUCACCAACACGCGAUCCCAGGCAGUCCCUGCAUUCCUCUCAGGGCCAACUGCAUCAUCUACAAUGUCUGCCAUUCACCAACCACAAUCUAUCGUCCCAUCACAACACAUGCUCCAGUCCUCGCAACAGAAUGGCAUUCGACAGCAACCCAACGGGUCUGCAGAACCGCCUGCCAUUCUAGGGUUGGUUCCAAUGAAUGGCACUUUUGAAAAGAAACAAAUCAAUGUCCCUUUUUACCCCGAAGUUCUUCGAAUUGGUCGGCAGACUAAUGCGAAGACUGUGCCAACUCCAGUAAAUGGCUUCUUCGAUUCUAAGGUCCUUUCUCGGCAACAUGCUGAAAUUUGGGCCGAUAAGACUGGAAAAAUUUGGAUUCGAGACGUGAAAUCUUCCAACGGCACUUUCGUGAAUGGCCACCGGCUGUCUCCGGAAAAUCGGGAAUCAGAGCCGCAUGAACUGCGUGAAAACGAUACAUUGGAGUUGGGAAUUGAUAUUGUGAGCGAGGACCAGAACAGUAUUGUUCAUCAUAAAGUCUCGGCUAAAGUCGAGCACGCUGGUUUAUACGGAUCCACGCCCAAUAUUCUUGAUCUUAACUUUGGAGACUUGGACCCUGCCUCAGGUGGCGGUCUUCUUCCAUCUCCAUUGAGCCAACCACUCUCACAUUUACGCGGAAGGUCCGGUAGUAAUGCGAGCAACCGCAGUGCACAGAGCGCCGCUAGUAGCCAGCUGAAUGCUCUGCACCAGCAAAGGCAGAUGAACUACUGGAACUCGCCCAUCUCCGUCGAACAGGUUGUCAAAAGACUUACUGGGGAAUUGAAACAAGCCAAACAGCAGUCCAUGGACCUUCGCCAGACUGACGAGUUUUUGACAGCUAUAAUGAAGCCAGGCUAUGCCGAAAAAGAGAAGGCUAGCAAGCCAUCCUCUUUUGAAAGUAAUGGUCCUCGUCAAUUAAACGGACGCCCGAAAAUGCCUCGCGUCGACUCCUUUUCUCGAUUCUCCGAUCCCCCCGCACCUCCUCCCCAGCAACCGCUCCCCGAGAAACCGGAUGCCCCUCUACGAAAUGCUUCAGAUUCCUUCUCGCCUUUGAAGCGCAGCGACACAGAAAAAACGAAGCCCGCUACAAGUUCCCCUGUUUCGCGGGACUCGAGCCAGAUUUUGAACCUCAUCGAGGCACUUUCAUCUGCCAAGCGAGAAAUUGAUACGCAAGGUGCCCGUGUUAAGGAACUCGAGACUCUUGUUCUUCAAGAACGAGCGGCGCGCGAGUCGGCGGAAGAAAAGGUUAGGAGUCUGGAGAUGCACUUGACGCCGCAGACCAAUGGAGUUACAAAAUCCGAGGAUAGUCUUGCGGAACAAGAGUCGGCCAUCAAGGAUGAACUUGAGGACUCCGAAGAGGCCCAACUACCCAACGGCUCGGUUUUGCCAUCCGAGGCUUCUUCCGCUCCUGAUGUUCAUUUGCCAGAGCCUACCACCGUGGACACCACACAGCUUGAGCAUCGGUUGGAAACGAUGAUGCAAGAGAUGGAGGAGAUGAGAAAGCAGAUGGCUUCGUUCAAGGAACGCGCUGAGAAGGCCGAGGAGGAAAAUGUCGAGUCCCGCGCAUCUUUGGCGGAGAUGAUUGAGACACUCCGCCGGGAACGUGCAGAGAAGGUCCUCGUUUCAAAGCCUGGCUCCAAGUCGGAUCCCCAAGGCAAUGACCAGUCAAAGACUACUACCGCGCAGGCACACCUGAUCGAGAAUGGUGCAGUGGAUCCUGAUAAGAAGAGUGGUUCGUCUGUGCAGCCCUUGGAUCCAGCUUCUGCAGAUGCCAAAGAGAUGGACGCAGCGGCUACCGCUAUGGCGACAGAGUGGCGCCGACGUCAAUUUUUGCACGAUACCAGUCCUUAUGCGUCCAUGGUUGGUGUCGUUCUUCUUGGGGUUGGCAUCAUGGCCUAUCUCAACGGGUGGCAAAAGCUGGACAAAUAA